AUGCAAACAGUUAAUGCAGAGGUGGAGCAAGACCGAAAAAUUGGGAACGUACCAAGGGUUUUGGGUUUGCUCCAUUUUUCAUAUCCUCUAGAUCUAGUGCUAAACCAUGAUCUGCUGUCUUCUGAGUAUCUUGAGAGGCAUAUCGAGCAAGGUGGAAAGACAGUGGAAGUUAAAGGUGGAGAACACUGCUAUUAUCAGGGACAAAUUCGAGGAAAUCCUGUAUCAUUUGUUGCCUUGUCAACAUGCCAUGGACUUCAUGGGAUGUUCUAUGAUGGAAAUCAUACUUACCUUAUUGAGCCAGACGAAAACUACACUUCAGAUGAUGACUUCCAUUUCCACUCUGUUUACAAAUCCAAGUUGUUUGAAUUUCCUUUGGAUGACCUGCCAUCUGAAUUCUGGGAAAUGAAUACUACGUCAGAGAACUUUGUUGUAAAGCCAAGACACAAAAGAAGUAAAAGGCAGGUUCGUCAGAUUCCACGUAAAGUUGAAGAGGAAACAAAAUAUAUUGAAUUAAUGAUUGUAAAUGACCAUCUAAUGUACAAAAAGCACCGCUUAUCAGUUGGCCAUACAAAUAGCUAUGCUAAAUCAGUUGUCAACAUGGCAGAUUUAAUAUAUAAAGAACAGCUUAACACCAGGAUAGUACUGGUUGCCAUGGAAACCUGGGCUACUGAUAACAAGUUCACCAUAUCUGAAAACCCCUUGGUGACCCUACGUGAGUUUAUGAAAUACAGGAGGGAUUUUAUCAGAGAGAAAAGUGACGCAGUUCACCUUUUUUCGGGGAGUCGAUUUCAGAGCAGUCGGAGCGGCAUAGCCCACACCGGUGGAAUCUGCUCCUUGCUGAAGGGUGGAGGUGUCAAUGAGUUUGGAAAACCAGACUUAAUGGCAGUUACGCUGGCACAGACUUUAGCCCAAAAUAUUGGCAUUUUCUCAGAUAGAAGAAAAGUAUUAAGUGGUGAAUGUAAGUGUGAAGACACGUGGUCUGGCUGCAUAAUGGGAGACACGGGGUAUUAUCUGCCAAGCAAGUUCUCCAAGUGUGAUAUUGAAGAGUAUCAUGAAUUUUUGAACAGUGGUGGUGGAGCCUGCCUUUUCAAUAAACCCACCAAGCUUCUGGAUCCUCCAGAAUGUGGCAAUGGUUUUGUGGAAGAGGGGGAAGAAUGUGACUGUGGGACUAUUGCGGAGUGUGCCAGCGAAGGAGGGGAGUGCUGCAGCCUGUGCACGCUGACGGCCGGCGCGCAGUGCAGCAACGGGCUCUGCUGCAGGAAGUGCCGGUUUGAACCUAAAGGAGUUUUGUGCCGAGAAGCGGUGAAUGACUGUGAUAUUGCAGAGAACUGCACAGGAAAUUCCAGUCAGUGUUCUCCAAAUAUUCAUAAAAUGGAUGGAUAUUCAUGUGAUAACAAACAGGGUAUUUGUUUUGGAGGAAGAUGUAAAACCAGGGACCGGCAGUGUAAAUAUAUCUGGGGUGAAAAAGUGACAGCUGCUGACAGGUACUGCUACGAGAAACUGAAUAUUGAAGGGACUGAGAAAGGAAACUGCGGAAGAGACAAGGACUCUUGGAUACAGUGCAAUAAACAGGAUGUCCUUUGUGGUUACCUUCUGUGCUCCAAUAUAUCUAGUGUGCCCAGACUUGGAGAGCUUGAUGGUGAAAUCACAUCAUCUGUCUUGCAGUUUGGAAAAGUAUACAAUUGCAGUGGUGGCCACGUGAAGCUCGAUGAGGACACGGACCUGGGCUACGUGGAGAACGGGACGCCGUGCGGGCCCAACAUGGUGUGCCUGGAGCAUCGGUGCCUCCCCACCGAGUCCUUCAACUUCAGCACCUGCCCAGGCACCACAGAAACCCAAAUUUGUUCAGGGCAUGGUGUUUGUAGCAAUGAAAUAAAGUGCGUCUGCGACCGAUUUUGGGGAGGCGAUGACUGCAGUACCCACAUCAAAGAUGAUAUGUAUUUUGAUAGAGAGGCCCUCAGAAAAGGUGUUGUUAGCACAAACAUAAUAAUAGGGGCAAUUGCUGGCACCAUUUUAGUGCUGGCUCUCGUUUUAGGAAUAACUGCUUGGGGUUACAAAAAUUACAGAAGACAGAGGUCAAAUGGAUUAUCUCAUUCCUGGAGUGAAAGGAUCCCAGACACGAAACAUAUUUCAGACAUCUGUGAAAAUGGGAGACCUAGGAGUAAUUCUUGGCAAGGUAAUAUAGGAGGAAACAGAAAGAAAGUCAAAGGCAAAAGAUUUAGGCCACGGUCUAAUUCAACUGAGUAUUUAAACCCCUGGUUCAAAAGAGAAUAUAAUGUAGCUAAGUGGGUAGAAGAUGUGAAUAAAAACACUGAAGGACCAUACUUUAGGACACUUUCUCCUGCAAAGUCUCCUUCUUCAUCCACUGGAUCUAUUGCUUCUAGCAGAAAAUACCCUUACCCAAUGCCACCACUUCCUGACGAGGAGAAGAAAGCCAACAGGCAAAGUGCCAGGCUCUGGGAAACUUCCAUUUAGCUCCACCAGUUCCC